AUGUCGAAUUUAAAAAAUAGCAAUAGGGGUAAUAAAAAAAGUAAAAAAAAUAGGAGAAAUAGUCCCCCUUCAAAUAUUAAUUUAAAAAAAAAAAAAAUUUUAAAAAAUAACAUAAUUACUUUAAAAACUAAAAACAAAAAUGGAAAGGUUUCCCCAAGGAGAAAAAGUUCAAAUAAUAUAAAUAAUAAUAAUAAUAAUAAUAGUAAUAAUAAUAAUAAUAAUAAUGAUAAUAAUAAUGAUUCUAUAAAUAUAACACCAAUUAAAAUAAAAAAUAAUAGCAGUAAAUUUAAUACUCCACAAAACUCUGCAUAUCCUUUAAAAAUGCAAUUCCAACAACAUGAUUUAAAAUCAGGUUUAGAUUCUUUUGAAAAUUUAUCACCUUUAAGAUCUUCAACUGGUUUCAGCAAUAUUAAUAAUAAUAAUAAUAAUAAUAAUAAUAAUACGGUAAGCGAUGAAUCAUUAUUAUCAGGUAUACCAAACUAUAAAAGAAUGAAGGGGCAUAGAAAUAAUAGUAGUGAUGAUAACAUUCAAUUUAAGUUGAAUCAACAGCAACAAGGCUCAAUCGACAACAUAAUAGAUAAUAACAGUGACUCUGCAAAAUCACCAAAGUUAUAUUCAUCACAUUCGAUGGGAAAUAUAUUUAGUAAUGGAAGUGGACAACAUCACCAUCAUCACCAUCACCAUCACCAUUCUCAAUCAAAUAAUAAUAACAAUAAUGUAUUUUUAGGUUCAAAUAAUUUAUACUCAUCCAAUAGCUCACCAUUUUCAUCAUCAUCAUCAUCAAUUUCAUCUAGAAAGUCAAUGUCUUCACCAUCAUCUUUAAACCAAACCUCUGUAUUUUUACCCUCAUCCUCUCAGGAUAUAAAUAAUAACCAUGAGUCAUCCAAAAAACAAAAAACGGGUUUACAUCAAAUUCUAUAUAAAGGUUUUAAAAAGUUUAAUAAAAUUAAUCAAAAACAACAACAACAACAACAAUUUAAUAAUAAUAAUAAAAAUACCAAUAUUAAUAAAACAAAGAAAACAAAAAAUAAUAGUAACCUAAAUAAUAAGAGCUAUUAUAACGAUACUAAUAGUAAUUAUAAUAAUAAUAAUAGCAGCAACAAAAAGAAUAACAAUAAUCACAAUUAUUUUAACAAUACAUCAAUUAAUAGUAGUAAUAGCUCUUUUUUUUCAUCAAAAGGCACAAUGAACCUAAUUCAUAUAUCACUUAUAUCAGUACUAGUUUUUUACAUAUUCCUAAUGGUUUCAAAAAAGUUUUUAUUUCGAGUUUCACAAUGGAAUAGCAAUGUUAAUUCAUUAUUUAUUCUUGUGUUUUCUUUUCAUUUUAUAUUUUCAACAACCCUAUUGUUUUUAUUGGUGCUACUAUUAAAAAUGAAAAGAAAUUCUCACAAUAUUUCAAAAGAUGCAAAGGAUUCAUUAUCAGAUUCUAAAGUAGAGCCAUCACUAUUAGACUAUUUUAUUUCAGACUAUAUAUUCUUGGGUGUGGCUAUGUCUGGUUUUGUAAAUAUAUUUCAAGUUAAUUUAUUUUUUAAUCCUAAGGAUCCAUCAAUUUCAUUAGACUCUAUUUCUACUAUAUCUUCAGCAUUUGAAUUUAUAAUAGUUAGUUUUAUAUUAAAUAUUUCUAAUAUUCCAAAAAAACAUCACCAUCACCAUCACCAUCAUAAUAGUGACAUCAAUAAAAAUAAUAAAAAUCAUAGCUUUACAAAUGAUGACGAAGAGUUUAUUGAUGACGAUCAAGAUUUUUAUGAUAGUCAAACUAUAGAUUCGCCAAGGGUAUAUGAAGAUAAUAAAAAGAUUAACGAAAAUAGUGAUAGCAGUAGAAGUAAUAACCCCAACAAUAAAAGCAAUGAUAGUAGUAAAAAAAAACAGGCAUCAAAAAAAAAUGAUUGGUCAUAUUCAUUUCAAAUUUUUUUUACAAGAAUAUUUUUAUGUUUAUCAAUUACUUAUACAGCAAUAGUAUUAAUUUUAAACUCCCAGCCAUUAAAUAAACUAUUAGUUGGUACAUUUCAAAAUGAAAGUGGAACCUCAUUAAAUCAAAAUGUAGUUUUGAGUCCCACUGGUCUAUUUAUAAGCUCGCCAAUGCAAAUUCAACAGCCACUAUCAACACUUUUAUACAUUUUACAAUUGGUUUUACUAUUGGUUAAUUAUAAUCGUUUUAGAACAAAUCGUUUCUUUGCCUUAAUAUUAUCAACUAUCUUCAUCGAAAUUACAACAUGGGAUACAUUUGGUUUGAACUCUCGUUUAUUUGACUCCUACCUCUAUGAAGUUCUUGUUAUUAAACGUUGGAUUAGAGCAAUGGCUGUUGGUUUUCCAAUUGUUGGUAUUCUCUUGGAUGUAUAUAGUGGUUGGCUAAGUUUAAAUCAAUCAGUAAAUAUUAUUGACUCUCAAAAUAUUCAAGUAGUUGAUAAAUUUAAACACUUAAAUCUAAAAACAAAAAAAGGGCAACAAAAGUUAAAACUUAAUUCACAGUUUUAUAUUGAAUCAAUGAACCAGUUUAAAAAACUAAAUCAAGGAAAUGGAUCAAUUGUCAGUUUACUAUAUGAUACAGAUGUUCAACCAAAUCAAAAGGCCUAUUUAGAAAGAUGUACAACUUCAAAUGAACAGCUAACCAAAUUAACUAACGAAUGUCUAUAUUAUUCAGAAAUUAAACAGCUUAAGAAGCAUGAUAUAGAAAAUUUAAAUUUUGUAUUGUCUGAUUUCUUAGAAGACCUAAUUUCAACCCCAUCCAUUAGAACUCAAUUUGAAGAAAAAGAAAUUGAUUUAUUCUAUCUUAUAGAUAAAGAAGUUCCAACAAAUUUAAUUGGUGACUUUAAAAAGAUCAAAACCAUUUUAUUGAGAUUACUAAGCAAUAGUAUUAAAGCAACAUAUGACGGCGAAGUGUAUAUCAAAGUAUCAUUAUCAAGUAAUAAGAAAUUGUUAAAAGCAAGAGAUAUUGAUGAUAUCGAUAACAUUAGUGAUAGCAGUGACCUUAGUGAUGUAGAAGAUUUCAAUGAAGAUGAUGAAGAUGAUGAAGAUGAUGAUGAUAAAGAAGCUUCCGAUUUAGAAAACGAAGGUUCAGAUAAAAGCAGAAAUGGAGAACUUUUUGACAACAUUAUUAGAGGUAAUGAUCCAAAUAAUGGUUAUAAUGGCAAAAACUAUCAUACCCAUCAUCAUAAGAAUAAUAUUGGUGAGUUUUCAAACUCAGAUAACUCUUCGCCAAACUCUCAUAAAAGGAAAAAGAAAUCCAAAACAUCAAAUCAAAUCAAAUUAUUUUUCUCUGUCAUUGAUAGUGGUACCGGUAUCUCACCUUAUAGCUAUAGCUUAUUAUUCGAACCAUUUGCACUUAGCAGUACCAAUGUAAAUUCUACUGAAGGUGAAUUUGGUCUUGGUUUACCAAUUUGUAAUCAACUAUCAAAAUUAAUGAGCGGUGAUAUUAGUUUUGUAUCAGAGAUGGAAAAAGGUUCAAUUUUUGAGCUACAAGUACCAUUAAAGAAGAGUGAACAACUAUCCCAUCAGUUCCCAAGAAUCAUGAACCCAAGUUCAAAAUAUUUCCUUUCGAAUAAAUGGGGCGAGGGUUUAAAGAUUUUGGUAAUUGACGAUAAUCCAAAUAUUGGUCAAGUUAUACAAAUGCAUUUAGAACCAUUUGGCUUUAAGGUAUACCAACGUUGCACCUACUCAAGCGCCAUUUAUUUUUUUAAUGAAAACAAUGGAGAUUUUAAUUUAAUUCUCUUAGAUCCAUUAAUUCCAAACCUAAACAUUCAAGAAAUUAAGCAAAUGAAACAAGAUCCAACAAAUAUCAUUAAAAACACCCCCUUAGUUUUAAUGUGCACAACAAAGAACAAAAAUUCUUUAAAUGUUCAAGGUGUUCAUUAUCUUUAUAAACCAAUUAAAAGAGAGCAACUUAUACUCCUAUCCCAAUUGCUACCAAAUACAUCAACCAUCAAUCCUAUCUAUUCAAAUCAAAAUAUUCAUUCUAGUAAUGGUAGUACCGGAUCAGGAGGAACAAUAAAUAUUAAUCCACCCCCAGCAAACAAUACCCCUACAAAUACACCAUCAAAUAUCAUACCAAAUUUACUCUCUCAAAACAACUUAUCUCAAUUUAUUAAUAACAAUAGUUUCAAUAACAGUAAUGGAAGUAGUGGAAAUAAUAGUGGUAAUAACAUUCCAAUUAUGAAUAAUGGUUUCAAUGUAGCAAAUGGAACACCAAUGACAACAACCAUUUCAAAUAAUUUACCAACCAAUUCAAUUCCAAUUCAAAUAUUACCACAACACCCAUCGUCACAACCACCACCACAACCAAUUCAAACAUCUUCAAUUACAAACCUACCACCCUUAAAUCCAAUUUUAAACAAUAACAAUAGCAAUGUUAUUCAAUCACCAACUUUAAUUUCAAAUAGUAUUACAAAUGCAUCAGGAACAAAAUCAGUUUCAGUUCCAUCAACCCCAUUAUCAAUUGGUAAUAAUAACCCAAGACCAUUACCACAUCAAGCCUCUGAAAAUAUUUUAUUAAACUCUCCAAAUCAAAGAUCAAUUUUACAAAGUAAUAAUAAUAUUAACUUUAGGGCUAACAAUAAUAAUACAUCACCAUCCUCUACCAUUCAACCAACACUUUCCCCCCAAUCAUUGUUACCAAGUAUUGUUGAACAGCAACAACAACAACAACAACAACAACAACAUAUCCCAAUAUUGGAGUUACCACAACAAAAUCAACAACUGCAAACUUUAAAUGAAGAAUCACCAAAUGUAUCACCAUCCAUAAAACCAAGCUCAUCGUUUGAAAACUUAAACGAUAGCCUAUUGGGGUCAUCAAAAAACAAUAAACCAAGAAUUUCAUUUUUAAAUUCAAGCAAUAGUGGUUUAUUAAAAUGUGAUUCAAGUGAAGAUAUCAAUUGCAAAGGUGAUCCAUCAGAAGGAAUACCUGCACCAAAAGGUGAAUCUGGUGUUGCCCCUGCUCCUGAAGAUGAAUUCAGAAUUGAUCAAAUGGAAAAAUUCUCUAUUUCAUCCCCAGUAACCCAAUCACCAGUUUUAGAUUUAGUUAAUAAUACAUGUACUAAUAAUAAUACAAAUUUAAAUAAUAUUAAUAAUUGCUAUGUCACUAGUACAAAUAAUAAUAUUAAUGGCUUACCUACAAACACUAGAUUAACACCAAUACCAACUAGUAAUCCAUCAAUUACCACAAUGUCUUCAUCAAAUUUAAAACAACAUUUACCAAAACAAUAUUCAUCAUCAACACCAAACUCUGCAUCAUCGAAUACUCCAUCAGUAUUAUCCACAAUGUCAACACCAACUACCACAUCAACAGUUUUACCAGGAACCCCAAUAAUGUCAGGUGCCAACAGUUUACCAAGUCUAUGCGGAAAUAGACUUAAUUCUUUACAAACAGUUCCCGAAUAUGUUCAGAUCUCCCCAAGAAAAUUGAAUCCUUUUACGUCAAGUUCAGGAUCUGGAGGCAGCAGUUCACCUCAAAUCAACGGUAACUCUAUUGGUUCAAAUAAUGAAUCAUCUCAACCUAACCAAACCAUUGCAAAUAAUAAUGUAAAUAUAUUGCUUGUAGAGGACAAUCCUGUUAAUGCUAAAAUAGCAAUGACUGUAUUAAGAAAACAUAAUUUCAAAGUAGAACUCUCGAGUCAUGGCCAAAUUGCUAUGGAAAGAAUAAAAGCAAAUCACUCAUCAUUUGAUCUAAUUCUCAUGGAUAUUCAUAUGCCAGUAAUGGAUGGUAUAACAUGUUCAAAACUAAUUCGUAAGUUUGAACAUGAACAUAGCCUAAAGAAACUACCUAUUAUUGCACUAACUGCAGAUACAUCAACUGGUCAUAAAAAUACCUGUUUAGAAGCAGGUUGUAACGAAUUUAUGUCAAAACCAUUAGAUUAUGCUUUAUUAAUUAAUUUAUUAAAGAAAUUAAUCGUUAAAUAA